CCGCUCCCCGCCCCUCAGCGCUGUCGUCCCUCUACUCAACCGUGAGCCAUUCAGGCGCUCCCCCUAGCGGCUGCGCAAAGCUCGUAAGCUCCGCCAGAGCUUCCUCUACCGCAGCGCUAGCUACACGAACAGCGUCCACUUGCGCGCCUGCCGCGCCGUUAGCGCCAGGGACGGCGCCGCGCUCCGCUACCCCCGCGCCAUUACGGAAUUGGCGUCCUGCCCCGUGGAUACGUAAGCACGUGCUCUGUCCGUCUGAGCAGCAUCACCAAACGUCCAUCCUUGCCGAGCUGGUCAGUGAUUUCAUCUUUAGCAGCAGCAUCACUGGAAAAAGACUGCAAUUGAGGGCUUUGAAGCUGCACUUCCUUAGAAUGAAGACUUAAGUAGUAAUUAAAUUCUCGAAGAACCACCAAGACUCCUUUGAAUGAAAUGGGGAUGUUCCAGGCUCUGAGCAUUGUGUUGGAGAGGAAGGAAUGUUUCAACAUGACUCAGUCAAAGCAACGAAGACUUCUGUAAGAGAUGGAUAGAUGCAAACAUGUUGGGCGGCUACGACUCGCCCAGGACCAUUCUAUCCUGAACCCACAAAAGUGGCACUGCGUGGACUGCCAGACAACUGAGUCUAUCUGGGCUUGUCUGAAAUGCUCCCAUGUAGCCUGUGGGAGGUACAUCGAGGAGCAUGCACUUAAACACUUUGAAGAAACCAGACAUCCACUGGCAAUGGAAGUUAAUGAUCUGUAUGUAUUUUGUUACCUUUGUGAAGAUUAUGUCUUGAAUGAUAACCCGGAGGGUGACUUGAAAUUGCUAAGAAGUUCUCUGUCAGCAAUUAAAAAUCAAAAACAUGAUCCAUCAACAAGAAGUGGGAGGACAUUGCGAUCCAUGGCUUUGGGAGAGGACAUGUGCAGCCAUCAGAGGACCCCUCAGGGACAAUCUCAGAUGCUUGCAGCUCUCUGGCACAGGCGCCAGUCUUUGCUUGCCAAGGCACUGCGGACCUGGUUCGAUAAGAGCUCCAGAGGCCAGCUAAAGUUAAAACAAAAGAAACAGAUGGAGGAGUUGGAAAAGAAGAAGGAGGUGGCUAGGCAGCGGCGGCAGGAGAUGAAGAGACAGCUUCUGGAGGAGCUGGCGAACACUCCUCCGAGGAAGAGUGCAAGGCUGUUGUCACAUGUGCACAGAGAGAACUUGAUUCCAAGGAAGUUCAGGGAGGUGGCGACUGCUUCCCCUACCUCAAGGCAGAUGCAGAGCAGCAGAUUCAAUCAGUUUUAUUCCAUCCGGCGUAAGCCUCUGAUGACUCCUGGGGUGACGGGCCUAAGGAACCUGGGAAACACAUGUUAUAUGAAUUCUAUUCUGCAAGUGCUGAGUCACCUCCAGAAAUUUAGAGAAUGUUUUUUGACACUUGAUCUCUGUGAAACAGAAGAACUCUUAGCCAAAACUGUGAAUGGGAAGUCAAGGUUGCCUGGUAGAUUGGCAAAUGGAUCUGCUGCUAAUGAGUCAGGGAAGACUGACAAAGUGGGAUCAUUAGGCACGCAGAGCUUGCCAGCUGGCUUAAAUGGUGGCUCCUCAAUAAGCAGGAGUUUAGAACUAAUACAACCCAGGGAACCAAGUUCAAAGCACAUCUCCCUCUGUCACGAAUUGCACACCCUCUUCAGAGUGAUGUGGUCUGGCAAGUGGGCGCUUGUGUCCCCGUUUGCCAUGCUGCACUCUGUGUGGAGUCUGAUCCCAGCAUUUCGAGGUUACGAUCAGCAGGACGCUCAGGAAUUUCUGUGCGAGCUGUUGGAUAAAGUACAGCAGGAGCUGGAGUCAGAAGGAACAAAGCGCAGGAUCCUCAUCCCUUUCUCCCAGAGGAAGCUCACCAAGCAGGUCCUGAAGGUGGUGAACACCAUUUUUCAUGGGCAGUUGCUUAGUCAGGUCACCUGUAUAACAUGCAACUACAAAUCCAACACCAUUGAGCCCUUUUGGGAUCUUUCCCUGGAAUUUCCUGAGCGCUAUCACUCUAUUGAGAAAGGGAUUAUCCCUGUUAACCAGACAGAGUGCAUGCUGACAGAAAUGUUGGCCAAGUUCACAGAAACUGAAGCUCUGGAGGGAAGGAUAUAUGCGUGCGACCAAUGCAACAGCAAACGACGAAAGUCUUCUCCUAAACCUCUUGUUCUGAGUGAAGCUAAAAAGCAGUUAAUGAUCUACAGACUACCUCAGGUCCUCCGACUGCACCUUAAACGAUUCAGGUGGUCUGAACGCAAUCACCGUGAGAAGAUUGGGGUCCAUGUCCUCUUUGACCAGGUACUAAACAUGGAACCUUACUGCUGCAGGGACUCUCUCUCCUCUCUUGACAAAGAGACCUUUGUCUAUGACCUCUCCGCUGUGGUGAUGCAUCAUGGUAAAGGGUUUGGCUCAGGACACUACACAGCAUAUUGCUACAACACAGAGGGAGGCUUUUGGGUCCACUGCAAUGACUCCAAACUGAAUGUAUGCAGCGUGGAGGAGGUGUGCAAAACCCAGGCCUACAUUCUUUUUUACACUCAAAGAACUGUGCAGGACAAAGCAAGAAUCUCUGAAAAACAACUCCAAGCUCAGGUGCUGUCCAGAAAUACUGAUAAAGACAGAAGAUUGACAUUCUCAUGAUGGGAAGCUCUAUAACUCAGUCGACAGUCUCAUGUUUGUUUGUUUUUGUUUUUUAAACCAUUGGUGUUCACAUCUUUCCUCUUCAUAGGAAAAAAGGCAGGCUGCAGGAAGGGGAUCAGAUGGUGAUGUUUGUCGCCUGGGGUUUGGAGAAGUGUAUCAAGCUGUGCAGUUCUGAUGUGUAAGACUGUAGUCAGAUACUUGUUUUUUAAACAUUGUAGUUAAAUUACUCAAAGCAAAGAGUUUGAUGCCUUGUAUCAUUGGUCUCGUAUUAAAAUGGAAUUGAGUAAGGCAUAUAAGAAAUGAGCACAACCAGGAAACAGAAGCAUUCAACUGGCAUCCAGAAACCUUCAGUACCUAGUAAUGCUGAUAAACCUCUGGAAGGAGUGGGUAUAGUACCUUCCCCUUUAACUGUCAUUCAGAUUUCCACCCAGGUAUUUCUUUUAUGGUUGUUGCAUAGCUGGAGCUGGCUGCCCUAAAAGCUUUUCUUGCUGAAGAAGUGUUUGACGUUCAUCAACAAGAAGAAACGUUCCCCAGCCCUCAGCUAUCUGUGUGGUACUGAUUUCUUUGCCCUCAGAUAAGGGCAAACAAAUGGCUGGCAAUUUCUGUCAACAGCUUUUUUUUCUCAGUGUUACUGAGACUGUUUGCACACUUGAUAGCCUGUUCUCUAGGCUGAACUGAAUUGGCAGCUAAAUUCGCUAGGAAUGUAACUCUUGAAACAGUUCUGCUCUGGAGAAUGUUUUUUGUUUUAUUUUUUAAAACAAAUAAAAGAACAAACGCCCUGUAAUAAAACAGGAACGUACCUGUGUGAUCAGAGUCAUAUCUGUCUGCACCGGCAGCAAAAACAAAGCCUAUACUGCAUGUUUCUGCUGGCAUAACUUUGCUGAUUGGGGUUAGAAAGAAGUGAAAACCCUGACUCGCGCAGCUCUGACAGCAGAAACAGUCUCUGGGAGGCAGCUUACACUGGCAAAUGAGCACUUUUUCUGUUUUGUUUUUUUUUUCUUUUUUUCCCCAAGGGAAUAGUUUGGGAUAACACCACAGCAGAGUCAGAGUCAGAACUAGGCGCUGUGAACUGCUUCUGUAGUGGCAAUAUUGACAAACUCUGGUUGUCACACGAGGGCCAGAAUGGCUGAAGGCACCGAGGUUGCACAGAUGUAGUGAGUUGCACAGAUUCUAACCUGUGAAGUUGUUAUUCCUGCUGGGUCAUAAAGGGAAGGAAUUUUGUUAAUUGUCGUAUUCCACAGUGAGUUUGAAAAACAACAGAAAUGUGUCUGUAUCUCUAUCUGGAUUUUGGAACAUAGGGCUCUCAUUGACUUUUUCUAGGCAGUUCUCAGCCUACAGUUGGACUUCAGGAAUUUUUAUAAUUUGGGGUUUGGCUGCUCACAUUUCAUAUUGCCAUCAAAUCUGAAUAUGUGACUGCAAAGAUACAUGAUGCAUUUCAGUCUUUUUUUUUUUUUCCUGAGCAGCUAUGCGUUGAAGUAUGAGGUUCUUCAAAAACUUUAUUCCAUUUUCAGGUAGAGGAGCUGGACACAUUUUUCUUCCCCUCCUACUUUUACCCUGGUCAGCACUGGCCCAUCAGUUACAAAGUGACAGCUGUGCAUUAUCACUGGAGGGGCUGAAGAGGAAAAUCUCUCAUACAUAAUUCCUCUUUUUUCUUUCACUACUGCAGCUUUGGAUUUCCUGUUCUAUGGGCACUUCAGCUGCUGUUAAUCACUUCAGCCAUGCAGAGAUGAGCACAGCAAACAAGAAACUCCUCUUUUUGUUAGAGUACAGCGCAGCACUACGUCUCCUCUGUCCAUAGAGUCCCAUUCCCUGUAUGUCUGAGCAACGUGCCACCUUUUAAGCCUACAAAAACUGAUUUUUUAGCAAUUAAGAAUAAUUUGAGUUUCUAUACUUUCUGUUUUUUGGUUUUUUUUUUGUUUUUUUUUUUUUGAGACAAGUCAGUUUGAAACAGUCCUACGGGAACGAAUUAAAAGGUUUUAAUUCUGUUUCUCUAAUUGUAGCAUGGUCUGGAAGAAUUUGCAAUGAAUGUCUGCAUAUCUAUGUAUUUACUAGGUAGCAUUAUUUUUUUGUGCUACUAGUAAAUAAAAUAAAUAAAAAUGUAAUAGGCCAGACUGAGAUGCAACAGAAAUGUGACCCAGCUUAAUGCAGGGGAAGCUGGUCUGGCUUCAGCACAGGCAGAAGUUGACAUUCAUGAAAGAAUGAAAAUGAAAUGCUUGUGGUUUUCAGAUCUGAUAAGAUUCUUUGUUAGAGCAAAAUACGUGCUUUGUGAAGACUACGUGUCUCAAAAGGAAAAUUAAAGGAAAAAAAGUGUUCAGUGUUGCCUUCUUAAGCUCAGAGGUAGAAGGGAAAAUGGAACAGUCAUGAUUUACUGUGACUGCCAAAUACUGUGAUUGCGGUCUGAAUCCCUUACCAUGCUGGCCCUGUUUGUAUGAAAACUGAUUGUUGUUACUGCAGUGAGUUGAGACUCUGCUAUGAAUGCUCAUCUUUUGACUGAGUGUUUUGCAUUAAUAUUUGAAUUCAGGUAGAAAUAUUGUUGUCACGUGAAUUGACUAGGUUGCAGAGGGGAGUGGGAGUGGUACUGUUAGCUGUGGGUACAUCUGGUUGCCCAAGCAGAUUGUGUAGCAUUUGCUGUUGACAUCUUUUGACGUUAGUGACUUCUCCAUGUGACAUUAGCCUAGUUGCUCUGAGAUGUGGAGAUACUGCAGUGAGAAAAAUACUGCCCUGAUAGGGAAGGAAGGAAUUAUACUUCAAAGUAAACUUGCUUUUUCCAACACUGUGAGGUUUCUGUGAUAUUUAGCUUUUAUUUGGAAGCGACAGCGUAUAGCAUUUUUUAUGCUGUUUGGUUUAUAUUUGUCUACUGCAGGCAUCUUUAUACAAGCAUAGCUCAGUGUCCCUGCCGUGGUGGACACUGUUCUAUAGUGUCUGUUUGCCAGAAAUUAGAAUAGGAAGUUAGCUCUUUACAUUAAUAAGGCAAAUGUCCAGCUUGCAAUUACUGUGGAGCCCACUGUGAAUGCCUGACCAAGGGCAGCCUGUAAUGCAAGCUCUGUCCCUCCUUUAAUGAUAUGGCUUGAAACCCUGCUAAUAUCCAGGUGUGUAUUUAGAAUAAUUCCAAAUGAAGGCUUUACUCUUGCAAACACCGAAGCAAAUGAUGUAACUUAACUGAAGCGGUGAGUUCAUGCUUUUGAGUCUCAAGCUAAGUGUCUGCAGGAUAAGAACCUUUGUUCUGGUUGAACUGGGAGUGGAAUUUUUUCUGUAGAUGCAGGCGCUCCUGUACUGGGGUUUCAGUCAUGUAACAAGAAGCCAGUUGCCUUGAGAGAUGCUGAGAGCAAGGGUUAGGUUCCUGGCACUUUGCACGUUGUUGUCUGAAGGUAAAGUAAACCACGGGACAGUUGCAGGCUGUCAGGCUCAUGAGUACGAAGCCCUCGGCACAGAAUUGUUCCCAGCAUAUCCUUAUUCUUUUCAACUUGUAUGUAAACUGGUGUUCCUUAAUUUUGUGCUUUUAAGAAUGAAGAAUUUUAAUGUAUUCAUGGCCAGGAAGGUUACAACAGUGGCUGUAGUUAUUGGAAAAAAAAAUUAUUUUAGCUAAAUUUAUGCCACUAGCAAGUUAGUUGCGUGGAUUUGCCUUUGUUGCCCCUUUACUGCCUGCAUGCUCAAGUUAAACUAUGCAUACUGCAAAAACAGUUUCUCUGCAAAGCAAUGGAAAAAAAAAAAAACCUCAAAAACUUUAUUUUCCCCUCUAUUUCUAACCAGAACAAUUCUCUGGACUGGCUUUGAAGUUGUCAUUAUGAAGCAGCAAAUAGAAUAAUGUGCAUUAAAUGCUUUACGUCAAACUUUCCUGGGUGGCAGUGUCACCCCCAUUUACUUAGGGGAUUCCAGACAUGCUUUUUCAAUGCAGGAAUAUAACUGAAAACACUUCAAGCAUUAUGUGCAUCCUAUGGACCCACUAUCUUUAUUUUUGCUUCUAAAAGGCAAAAGACAUCUUCCUUAUGUCCAACCUAAAUCUCCCCUCUUUUAGUUGGAGACCAUUUCCCCUUCUCCUAUCACAUAGACCCUGCUAAAGAGUCUGUCCCUUUCUUUCUUACAGCCCCUUUAGAUACUGAAAUAUUGUUUUGGUGGUAAUUUAGACACACUCAUGUUGAUUGUAACAUCCCCGGGCCUGAGUAUGCUUAAUUACAUCCUAAUGAAACUUCUGGCUGCUGCCAGAUCCCCCAGGAUAAGCUACAGUGGAAGUAACAGUACUCCAGAAUGAGAAGUACUUAAGGAAGAGACAAUAGACAGAGAUUAGUUUUACCUGCCAAUACAAUGUUGUGAGCUAAUUUUUUAUGAUUCCUUAGAUUUGGUGCCUUGUAUCCAGCAACAUUUUGCAUGGGACAGAAACACUGCGAAAUAAGUCCUGACCGAAGCAGCAGACUUGUGUUUUUAUAAGUAUUCUCAGCAUCAGUGGCAUUUUCACAUUUCAUAUCCACAUGAAGAAGUCUACCAGCAAGCUCAGAAGCUAUCACUUUAUCAUUAUAUGUUUGAAAUAUCUAUACAUGUCAUAAUUCAAGGAACAACUUGUUGCAAAGGCCAGUAAAAUUUAGACUUUCUCAUGUCAUCUGGGCCCCUUCCGAUCAGGUCAGUAAAUUGACAUUGGGCAGAGUAUGUGGUACAGAGCAAGGAAUAAAAACUCCACUGGGAGCUUUUGGUGGAGCAGCUGUACCUUUGGAAGGGGCCUUCUGUCACAAACCUGGGUUUGAAUAUAAAGCCUCAAUUAAGUGGUAUCUUUCUUGUGUCCAUUACAUUAAUAUUGAUACCUGUUUACUGCAGAUGGGAAUGUGAAGCAUUCUAGCAAGCUUUUGAAUUUUGAAAACCACAGCAUAGACUAAAUGAUCAAAAGCUGAAUGUGUUAAGUCACCUGUACCAUUUGUGAUUAUUUGUCUUGGCUGAUUUACGGGGUAUGCCUUUAGGCCACUCCUGUUGUGCUUACUUUAUUUUAAAUUCUAUGAUGCUAUGUCUGUGAAUGGGUUCCACUUGUUUAAAGGGUAACUUUGCAUGGUGGGCCAAAAUAGUUUUGAGAGAUCUGAUAGUCUUAAUAAUGCAGUUUGCAAUGUACAUUUCCAAAAGGGAGGGGGAGGGGGGGCAGAGAGGAGAAGGAAAAAAAAGACGACCAGCCCAAUGGGCCCAAGAUUGACUUUAACCACUGCUGUUUAUUGUUUUGAAGUGUAUGCAUGAUACAGAGGAAUGUGCUGCAGUUACAGUGAAGUGCUGUACUACUGAUUUUGUGCAGGCUGGGGACAGGGAAGGAGAAAGGCAGAAUGAAACAACCAGAAAAACAAAGCCAAGCUGAGCACAGCAGUAAUCUACUUCCAGUAGAGACAGGAAGCAUUUGAUGUGGGGGCCUCGUGUGUCAGAGGAUCAUGUAUUUUGCAGGUAGAGGCAUUAACAAAAUCAAAAUGCAGUCUCAUUAGCUGCAGUCUGGGGGCAAAAAUUUCUGAUAGCCCUAAUCUCAUAAUGGCAAAUGAAUGCUGCUUUUCUAUUAAACAUUACAGUUCCUAAGGAAUAGGACCCAAAUUCUCAAGUUUUAAGGAGCUACCUACUUAAAGCCCACCAUGUCACUUGUGCUUGUGUAACUGGAAGUGAAAAAGGAGAUCAUACAGUUGAUAAUUACACACCGUUUGCUUUGUACUUCUUAGUAACAUACUUUCCAUGGAGGUGGCAGGUAGUCAGUUUGAUUCUUUCCAUGCUGAAGUGCUGGGUCUGGUCCCCGACUUGUCAAACUAGAACUUUGUGGGGUAGGAAAGGGCUCCCUCUGCUUCUGCUCCUGCUUUACAGACGCUUGCCACGUGAGCAGUUCAUCACUGGACUGUAGGGCUUUUAAGUAUUCCUCCUCCUGAAGAGGAACAAACACACCCCUCCAGUGUGGGCAGUGUUAAGUGUCAAGCACUCAGGCUAUAGUCUUAUCUCCUUAGAUAACCAUAUAUGUGCUGUGGGGAUAAUUGUGUUCCACUGAGUUAGUAUGAGUGAAUCAAUGCAGCAUUUGCAGAUCGACAAGGUUAAAGAAUGUAUUAUAACAUGGGCAGACCAGAGCUUUGCAGAUGAGUAAUGUCACUGCAGGCUUGUGGUGCACUGUUGAAUGGACUCUGUAGCUGAGGAAUUAAGAUAACUACCCACAUGGCUCCUUCUCCUUUGCACAGAGAGUGUAAUGUCUGUUCUGUAUAACUCUAUUCCUCUGGCUUAAGAAUACUUCCUAGCAAGCUCAUCUUCAUUCUCCUUUCAUUUAUUAAAUGACGUUACUAAGCCUGGCCCUUAUGGCUGUUCCCUACUGCUACGAGGUAAGCUACAAAUAUCCAUGUGAAAACCAAGUUUAUAGCUUGUUUGUCAGACACGUUGAGUACAGUAAUGUGCCACUAGCAACCUGUUGGGCCCAUUUAGAAGAGAUCCUAUUUCUUCUGUGCUAAACUUCAGCUUUGGUUAAGCAGUCACAAGCUAUUUAAGCUACAGCCUUCUAUACAUCUACCUAAAUGAGAGGUUUACAGGAAGGGAACAAGUGGAUAAAUUUGUUUCCAGAAAAACUUUAAUUAGUUUGCUUUUGGGUAAAAAGAAACACAUGUAGUUGCAAUUGUCAGGAUGGUUAAAACAGCUUUUCCAAGAAGAGUGCAGCCCAGGCAAGCUCCCUUAAGUUGCGUAGCGUGGGAUGCUGCCAGGGGAGCCCCCAGUUCAGCUUGUGCCCUGCAAGCUCCACUGUUGACCUGAGCAAGGGUAGAAAGCAAGCUAAUCUUCAGGACUUCUGAAGUUAAUUCCGCCCUAAGAUUGCUGGAAGGGCGCUGCUGACAGAGACUGGUUCAAACACAAGCAUUUCUCUUUCAGUAUGAAAUCCCCUUGCGGCCCUUGUGAAAACAAGAGUAAAAAGCUGCUUUGCUUUCUUGGAUAAGGAUCAAAGCUGGAGUUUGGGUGGCUUUCCUGAUUUUUUCCAGUGGCUUCUGUGGGGGCUUUAAGUCAGAACAGCCUCUGGUGUCUGCUUCGAGUUUCUGCUGCUUACGUCACUAAUGACUUAAGCUGGUGUAUGCCAUGCUGUGCUCAUGAAUGAGGCUGCCUUUGCUUCAAGGACGCUUCUAGGCAGUGGCAAGUGAUGAGAGAAUCCAAUUAAUUACCGAAUGUUUUCUGGCAAUCCGUGUGGCUGUCCUGUAGCUCAGUGCAAAUGCGCUUGAAGUGCUGCUUCUAAUUACAGCUUUUGUUUUAGUCGAGGUUUGUUAAGACAACAUGCAGUAAGUCACCUAUGGCAGCCUUCUGUACUUAACUGCAUGAACUGCCCCCUGCCUGAACCCAGGCCUCAGGAGAUUAGUGUGUUCUAAAUCAAAACUAAGAUUAACUAGGAAAUGACCUAACGUUCUAAUUAAUCCCCUUUUCCUUCAAAAAUUGUUCCUACAUAACUUGACGUUCUUUUGAAGUACAGAUAAUCCAUUUCUUUACAAGAUGUUAAAAUUCCUGCUUCGAAAACAGCAUUUUAAAGUACGUUUCAGUAGUGGAAUAAACUUAUCGUCUAAGGCAGGUAAAGGGGCCGUUUUCAGUCACAAAAUGCGGAGGCAGUACAACUGCAAAAGAGUGUUCUCAUUUAAAACCCUGCGCAUAUCUGUCCAAAGAAUCCAAAGCCAUGUUGCAGUCAUACUGCCACAAUGCUCAGGACUGGGAAGUUAUUCUGCUCUACAAAAAGCAUCUUCUGAAAGCUGCAGCCUACCAUCUCUGAUUAACUUACAACAACAGCUCCCAUGUCAGCCUCACGUCGUGCUUUCGCUAUCUCUUGAACAGCUCCACCACCCAUAGCUGGACUUGAAGUCAGUUAAGGCAAGUUGUAGUUUCAGUCCAGGGCACUAACAUGCUAUGCAACACCAAAUGGCUUCUUCCCCCAGAAUCCUAAUUCCUUUACAGCUGCAUACCAGCUUUAUCUCAGCCAGACACGAUCCAUGAAAAUUCUGGUGGUUAGAGUUUACCUAGGGCUUUCUACGGUUCUCUUUUUCCUUUGAAUAAGGAUCUAGCAUACAGCCCAGGACUGGAUAUAUUCCUUUGUCUUUCGGGUGUGAAAUAAAAAUCAUGUUUUUAUGAUUUUUGUAAAUCUUUACUCUUUUUACACCUUCUUUUUGUAAACUGAAGUUUCUUAUUAAAAAAGUGAAAUUCCACUGCA